GUGCCGCUGGUAGCCAUGGCCGCCCCCAGCCCUGAGCCGGCAGCCACGGCCCGAGGGGGCCCCCGCGGCCCCGCCGCCCCGUGAGGCCUUCCCGCCACUCUCCCACCAUGGCCCGGGGGGCCGGCGAGGCGGCCGCGGAGGGGGAGCUGGGAGAUGACAGCCUGUCUGUGAUAACCUGCGAGUCAGACACAGCAAUGAAGUUAAAGAAAAAGAUUCUUCACAAGCCUCCAAAGUCACCAAAGUCUCCCUACAGCUCAAGCACACAACUGUAUCCUAAAAAAGCUGCAGCUUGGCGAUCUCUGCAGGGAACGGGCAGUGCUUGUUUUGAGAAUGCAGCUGUUAAAAACCCAAGGCAGAUGUGGCUGGGAUCUCUGAAACAAGGAAUGAGCCGUGCUCUGGAAUCAGAUGUUGACACAGGGCAUAUGCGAGUUAACAUUUCCAGUAGCACUCCAGAAUAUUUGAAGGAAGCUCUAGGAAUGAAGAAGCCAAAACAUUCUCGUUCUUCCAGUAAUGGCUAUAUUCCUGGAACUCCUGACUACAAAGAGAAAGAAGAUAUGUAUGAUGAAAUUAUAGAACUGAAAAAGACAAUACAAGCUCAGAAGAAUGAGGGAGACCGAAUGAAAACGAAGCUCCGUCGACUGGAAGAGGAGAACAAUAGAAAGGAUAAACAGAUUGAACAACUGCUGGAUCCUUCCAGGGUGGUUACUGGAUUAAAGCAGAAGAUUGUCAAGCUCGAAGAGCAGUGCAAAGAGAAAGACAACACUAUUAAGUAUGACUCUGAGGGGGCAGCGGGGGUAGAGGCUUGUACUGGUGAAUUCCAGUCAGACGUGAAGACCAAUAAUUUGGAAGAAGUGAGGUUAGCCAUGGAAACCUACUAUGAAGAGGUUCAUCGCCUCCAGCUCCUCCUGGCCAAGUCUGAGACUAUGAGGAAAAAUACAGAGGGCAGAGACACCCAAAAACGACUAAAGUCACUGAAUGCUGCUGUGCUGAGGUUGUCCAGGAACGUCAAGGAAUUGCAGGCUGAGAAUCAGAGGCUGAAGGAAGAUCUGGAUCAUGUGCUGACCAGUUCCCCUCCUCCCAGUAAAACAAAAAAUUAUAGCGAGUGGAGCAGACAGAGGCUGGUGAGGAGGAUUUCGGAUCUAGAAAAAAAAGUGUGUGCCAUGGAGAGCAGCAGGGUGUCCUCAGCUGAUAGUGAGGCAUCACAAGUGCUUGCUGUGUCAUCUUCACCUUCUGUGGACCUGGAUCAUCCAGCAUCCCAACCUUUAGACCAUGGUGAGGAAUGCUGUCGCCUCCAAAGGCUGGUGAAGAAACUGAAGAGUGAUAGGAAGGCACUUCAGAACCUCCUGCUCAGUAAAGAAUUAGAUAUCAAGCAGUUACUGCAGGCUAAGGCUGAAGUAGAGCUGGAGCUGCAGAAGUGGCAGAAUAAGAUAGAACAAAAGAGUACAGAAGAGCAAACUUUAAGUGAGGAAAUCCAGAACCUGACACAGAAAGUAGGGAAACUGGAGUUAAAAAUGGAGGAAGAGAAAAGACAAAUGGCAGAAGAUACAGUGGAAAAGCUUAAUAAGGCUCCACCACUCUGCACAGUCACAAGCAAAGAAAAUCACAAGAAAGAACAAGCAGCCAAAAUUAUCCAGAGAUACUGGAAGAUGUACAGAACCAAGAAAGAAGAAAUUGCUCUGGAUGAGGCAGCUGUUCUGCUCCAGGCAGCCUUCAGAGGACAUUUAUCUCGACAGAAAGUGCUGCUGGAUAUCGAGGUGCCUGAUGCAAAGUCUCCCACCAAGAACUCCUGCCUGUCUUCCAUGUCAGACUGCUUGAGCUUUUCUUCUGAUUGCAAGGAGAGAGAUGAGAUUGUGACAUUCAUCCAGUCCAUUUUCAGGGCUCAUUUAGCACGUACAGGACUUCUUCAGGAGAGGCCCUCUGUGCCCAGUGCUCCCAGUGGGAAAGCAGAUCCUGCAGUUUACAUCACAGAGAAGAAACCAGGCCCAGCAGCUCUCCAGAGACCUUCAGUCCUCACAUCUCCUCUCCCUGGCAGGUCCUGCUCUGCUCCCUGUGCGCCCCUGGAUGAGGCUCACUCCGACGACUCCGACGACGUUGUUGUUGUUGUCCCUCCCUUGCUGCAGGUGAAGAAAAGCCACACCCACUUCUAAGGUUUGGUAACAGGUUCUGGCGAUCUUGAAUUAUUUGGUUCACCAACAAAAUUUUUUGUACCGAGAUCAAGCAUAUCAAAGAUAGGAAAAUGGGGAAUAUCAGCCCCUUUUUAAUGACAGUUCACUUGAUUUCAGCCACAAAGGAGUAAUUCUUUGAUAUGUUGUCUCUGCAGACUUUAUGUCUAAAAGCCACUGACUGACUGUUAACCUUACCUUCCUGCUAUGCUAGGAGUUUGGAUUUAAAAACUCAGCCAAAACAUUUUGAUGUUUUGCUUCACAAUGAGGAUUACAAAUUCAGUUACCAAAUUUAUAUGAAAGCAAUAAAGCCUUAAGAUACUUAAUGUCAAACAAAGUUUUGUUUCAGGUCAACUAAAAUAAUUUGUUUCAUCAGAAGGUGGUAAAUGACAUAACUCUAGUUUUCAGCCUGGGUAUGCAAAGGGGUACAACUGGUAUUUGUUUUCUGUUCUUCGCUAUUUAAAAUUUUUCCUGUAUCAUAUUUUAAUAUCUUUUUUGUUUAUUUUUAUAUUGGACAUUUACAGUCUAUGCAGACCUUGUAAAGGCUUUUAGAAAGCCAUUUCUUUGUCAUAGGGCUAUUCUAGGCCCACUAUAUCAGCUGGGUUUUCUUAUUUAUUGACCUUUUCCAUGUGUGUGUAUGAUAUGUGUAGUAUGUUGAAAUGUCUGAUGACAUAAUCAGCUUUUGGGAUUUGUCAGGGCAGGUGUGUAAUAGCAGGAGUGUGCUGUGGAGGGAUACCCUUGUGAGUGCUUUUUCUGCUUAAAAAGUCACAGAUUAUGUGUCUUUUGCAGGGUCAACUCUUAAUUUAAGUGUAAAAAUACUUGACAUAGGAGAUAGAGCUGUCUGGAAUGUUCACCUGACUACAUUGCUCAUACCUAAUCUGGGCAAUUUGGUUUGGGAGCAGAACUGGUAGGUUGGAUUAUAACAGAAAUUAGGACUGCAUCCAGAAAAAGCACCCACAAUAUAAUUAUUCAUGGAAAGACCAAAGGGUUCAUGGGCUGUUGAGGAUUUAAUCAGGGGGGUCUUUCCAGAUCUUCUCUGCAGGCUGUACUUUUUGACUAGAUAGUUCCUACUGUUGCACCAAUAUCCUUCAAAGACAUUGAAAUGUGUAUGAUUUUUUUUUAAGGUGAACUAGAUAAAUCAUGAUACUUAUUGGAAGGGGAAAUUAAUUUUACAAGCACGUGGUGAAGGUUUUCUGGAAACACUAAUGGUUUCUUUGUCAUCAAAGCAUAAUAAAGUCUCCUGUAAACAGAAAGCACACUCUUAAAUAUAAGAUUUUUAUCACCUUUUCUAAAUUAAAAAUCAGUCACCACUGUUUCUCAGAAUACCAAUAAGUCAGGGCUGUCUCAGUUUUGUGAUUUCAAUGAAGCACUAUCUGAGGCUUAUCAUAGUUUGUGCCAGUACUUGCAGCCAAGGAAGAAACUGGAUGGCUGCAGCACAAUGCAGCUGAUUUCAUUUAAUCCCAUCGGUGGAAAUGCUGCCUGUGCUAUUUCCAAAGGCAGUUUUGGGAGCUCUCCAUACCCAAAGCAGUCUGAAGAAUGUCAUUUGCACUCCCACUGGGUAAAUUUUUCCUGCUGGUGCUUUGGUCACAUGACUGUCAUCUGAAGGAAGGAUAAAAAAAUAUACAUAAAAGAAAAGGGAUAGAAUCCUUCUGGUAGAAGAUGAGAUCUGUUUUCUUCUUUUUCUGGAAGUCAUGUUAAGAAGAAGGGUCAUUUAGCUAAAUGGAAGCAGUGUUGUACUGAGUUGUUGUGUAUAAUAUUUCAGGUCUGUAACUGUGACUCUGUCAUGGAUCUCUCCAGAGAGUAACCAGAGAUGAGGUCUUGACACAUUAAAGGGAGAGUGUGUAACAUGUCAGGACCAAGGCUGAUACCAAAUACCAGCCUGGCUGUCAUCCUAUAGGGAAAUACUGGGGCAGCAAAUGCAAUGAAGAAAGCAUUCUUUUACUUUACUGUGCUGUAAUGAGCAAUAUGACAGUAUUAGGAAGUUGAUACAGAGCAGAAGGGCUUGUGUUUGAGCUGAGCAUGUGACCAGCAUCAGCACUGUCAAUAGACAAGUUCUGGGAUAAAUGGGAGAUAGGACCUUGGGAUGACCCAGACACAGGCAGAAACCUGGGCGGAAAGGAGCAAGCGUUUUCUGGGGUGAAUUCAAAUGUGUCUAAAACUUCCUAGAUUUGGGGGUGCUAUCUCCCAGCUAUCAAAAAUCUGAUACUAACCUUGACAUGGCUUUCAAACUCUUACUUUGGAAGUUAAUUAUGUGUUCAGUACACAUCAGAAGUUUGAUGUGGUACAGUAGGAAGAGAAACCUGCACAGUAUUAGCCUUUUGUGUUGUUCUAUUGUACACUGUGAUGGAAUGUGUUGGAGGGAGUAGAGAUUGACACUAGGUGUGGUUCUGUGGUUAUCUGUCUGAAUGCCAGCACCCAUAAAUCUGGGAAGAAGUGUGGCACAAAGAGGGGAGAAAAAGUUAAUUUUUGAAUAAAUGGCAUUUUUCCUCAACAGGGAGCUGAGGACAGUAAAAAUCAGUGUGGCUCAAACCUGCCAAGAUAGGCCAAAUACACACACACUGUUUCUAAAAAACACCACUAAAGAAAGUCCUGGAAACCUUGUGGGUCAAGUUCUUGAAUUAAAAUUAAACUCCCCUGUAUCCUCUGUAAACUAAAAGCACACUUUCAAUUCUGUCAAUAUGGAAUAAUGUUUCUGACUUAAAACCUUCUGCAGUUUGCAGCAGUGUUAGUUAGAGAUUGUGUGUGAGUGCACAGAUCUGACUUUAAUGGGACGUUAUCUCUCUUGAUCUCUUUUUGCCCUUAAGUGCCUUUGCCUGUAAAUCUUUACUGAGGCAUCAAGACCUGAAAACUGUAUUGUUUCCUGCAUAGCUCUAAAAAUAAUCCCUGCACAGGCAACUUCUAAUGUAGUCAAAAUGGAAAAGGAUUAAUCUUGGCAUAUGAGAGCACCAUUAAUUUUUAUGAUCUUUUUAAUAUUUAGAACUGUGCAAGCAUUUUAUAUAAUUUAUUUUGGGAACUUUGAAAAGCUAAACAAUUGCAAUGUAUUUUAUUUGAACUGUUGAAUUUUGAAAUAAAGUUUAUAACCGAA